UAAGCCAGCAAAGCCGCCGAGGGAGGUGGAAGAUUAGAUAGUGACGGGACCCAAACUCUCGCGGCUUCUCCUCGCGAGAGUCGUUCGCGUGCCUCCUCUCAGCAGCCGCCAAGACCCCACCGGGGACGGUUUUGCGCGCGACCUUGUUUAGGGGGGUGAGCGACCGCGGUGGCGGCGAACGAGGCGUCGCGAUCCGGGAUUCUUCCUGCCCCGCAUCCUCAUCUAUUAAAUGAUCUGGAGAAGGAAAUACAAAUCAAUAUCAUUGCCAAGAAAGCCUCAAAUGGCAUCAGAACCUCAACACAUUUUUACACCUCAGAUCUGCAAGACUAAAGCAUCAGGAGAACCUUCCAGGUUCUCCUAUUCUGGUCAAAACUAGCCUAGUCCAAACUCCUUGCUUGGGAACAAGAGGAAGGUGCUGGCCAAAAGGACUUUCUGCUACUCCUCAAAGCAUCUAAUUUCCUAACAGACGGCAUCAGGACAAGGGUAUAUCUCCAUGAAUAACUUAAAUGACCCUCCACAUUGGAAUAUCCGGCCUAAUUCCAGGGCAGAGGGUGGUGAUGGAAGCAGAUGGAAUUAUGCAUUACUGGUUCCUAUGCUGGGAUUGGCAGCUUUUCGUUGGAUUUGGUCUAGAGAGUCUCAAAAAGAAAUAGAAAAAGAAAGAAAAGCAUACAAACAAAAAACAAUUGCUUUCCAACAGGAACUUGAAGCUAAAUAUCGAGAUAUUAUAUCAGAAAACCGUCGUGCAUUAGCUCAUUUGUCUGUGGAGCUUGAAAAGGAACAUAACAGAACAACUAGUUAUCGUGAAGCCCUCAUCUCUCAGGGUCGAAAAUUAGUAGAAGAAAGGAAACUUCUGGAACAGGAACGUGCACAGGUGAUGCAAGAAAAGCAGCAGCUACAACCUUUGAAAAGUGUUUAUCAGCACUGCCUAGAAAAGGAAGAAAACUGGCAAAAAAGGGCUGCCUUUUUGCUGAAAGAAUUUGAAGAAGCACUCAUUGAACGACAAAAUAUCUACUGUAGUCUGGUCCUUCCUCGGACCAAGCGCCUAGAAAUCGAGAAAACCCUAUUGGUUCGAGCAUCCAUUGAUCCAGUUGCUGCUGAUCUAGAAAUGGUAUCUGGUUUAACAGAUAUAUUUAAGCAUGACACAUAUUGUGGAGAUAUGUGGAAUUCCAACAAACGUCAUAAUGGAAGGCUCAUGUGGCUCUAUCUCAAAUAUUGGGAAUUAACUGUUGAAUUAAACAAAUUUAAGAGAGUGGAGAAAUGCAUAUUAGAAAAAUAAAAAACACAUAGAAAAGGAAGACUUCUUAUUGACCAUGAAUGGAGUGUAAAACAAGACUGGAAUUCUGGGGUUCUGGUUUUCCCAAUAUCUUUCUUUUUUCACUACUGCUGUUACCACAUAUACUGCCAUUAAAGCAGAAUGUCUCUGUAUUUGUGGAUUAGCUGGCAUGCUUCUAAAGGUUGCCAACUUUUUAAGGUAGUUCGAUUUUACCUUUCCUUUUCUGAGGAGGCAACAAAUUAUCUCCCUAAAAUACUUGACUUUCAGCUGUUAAAAAGCUGUAGAUCCUCUGAAGUUUGUUCAGUGCCAUUGAUAAUAUUAAAUAAUAGAACACCAUUAUUUUAUCCUACCACCAGAUUAGCUUUGGGAAAGAAUGAUAAAAUUGUUAGUGCUUAAGUACUACCUUACUUUAAAUAUAAAUAAUGUUAGUCUAUUUUUGUCAUUCUCUUAAAAAUUAUGGUUUCCCUUAAACCAUUUAUUCUCAUAGCAUAUUUUCUCCCAAUAUGAAAUCUAAAAAUUGUCAGGUUUUAUGUAGAAUGAUACUGCAAUUGACAAUGCAAAAUAGUAGUAUUUGUCAUAUUAACACAGUUAUAUCAGGUUUCUUAAACUUUCCAAUGCUUCCAGUAUCCACAUUUAUUCACUGUUUAAUGAGAUUUGAAUUGUUUGUAUUCAGUAAGCAGAUUUUAGUUGUCAUUAGUGUUACAUGAAAAUUAGUGCUAGCAUGAACUAUCAAAAAAUAGUUCCUUAAGAAUCUUAAUCAUACUUUAUAUAGAGAGCACUUUAUACUUUAUAAAACAUCCUUCUGAUAUUUAUGUAAUAUCGUUAUAACAACUCUAUAAGGACAGAUAUAAUUCUCAAUUUAUAUAUGAGGAAAUAGUCUCUGAAAGGUUAUUGAAUUUCAGAUAGCAUGGCUAGUAAAUAGCCACGCCAGCGAUCUGGUUGGUAUUCUUCCACUUGGAUAUUUCAUAUCCAAAUGUGGUAAAUAAGAGAAACUAUAAGAAAUAUGUGCUUUAUUAUUUAAAUUCAUAUUUAGGGUAAUGCUUCCCUGAAGAGCAACAAAAAGGCUAUUAAGGUAUUCUACAACUGUGACAUAAUCAUAGAAUGACUUGGUUUGACUUGUUAUUUUCUUUCGUUCAGUAUCAAACUGUAUUAAACCAUUAUCAUCAGCUUCCUCUGAUUUCAUGCUUUAUUUUGUUUUUAGAAAGGGCAUCAGGUUUUAGUAUAAGGGACGAGAAAUAACAUUAUGAAAGUUUUUCACCAUGCGCAUUUCUAGAAUGAUAUAUAGAACUCUGGGUAAGCAUUGAAUUAAAAUUUGCUUUAGAAAAUAAUAGCUUUUCAAAUGACUUAGUGUUUUUUGUUUUCCUGAGUGUUCAUAAUCUCAUUUACUUAUUACUGUGUUGUAUCACUUAGCAUAAUGCUGAUAUCUUUAAGUAGAUGUGCCCAAGAAUUUCACGUUGUAAUCUCUAUUCCCAAAGUUUUGUAUCUGAGGUUUUCUAGUUAAUAAUUCCAUUGACUAGUCUUAAUCUUGAAACAAGUCAAUUAGAAUCUCACUUUUUGUGUUGGAAGGUACCUUAGAGUCAUCUAGUUCAUUCCAUUUUAUCAAUUUGUCCUCAAUCUAGUUUUCUUCAAUAAAUGAAAAAAAAUUAGACAGUUUUUAGCUUAUCACUUUGUUAGAUGAUCCAGUAUGAUUUUUUUUAAUCCUAUGCCAUCUUCAUUUAGUUAUUCUCUUCCCCAAAUUAGCUAUGUGCUAAUGGAGUGCAUACUAAUUUAGAUAGGAGCCCAAAUAAAACAAUUCAGAAUAACAGUAAUUACAAAUUAGUAUGAUUGUGUGCUUCUACAAAAAAUAACUACAAAAGUGUUUUACAGAGUCAGGUAGAAAUAACUUGGAUUUUCCUUGCCCUGUCGGCCCUCUAAUAGCAUGAUUAAUUGAGAACUGGCAAUGUUUUAUUAUCCUCCAAAGAGAACAUUUAUAAUGAGGAGAUAUUUAUAUGAUCCAUUAAAAAUAAGCAUGUGAUAUGAGCAUUUUUAUUAGUAAGGAAGAAUAUAACAGUGGAUCAAAUAAUAGCAAGUGGUAAUAGAAGAGCUAUCCUUUAAAACUUUGAAUUUGAUCCUGAGAGUUGAGACAGUGAGCAGGGAAGUAUAAUAUAGAAAAAUUUAGCAGGAAAAAAAAAAGAAGAAAAAAGCCCUUUUGUAGCUCAGGAGAGGAAAAUGGAGCCAGUGAUGACUCAAAACUUUUGAGGUGGACUUGCUGGAGUGCUACAGAUUAUAGGAUGAUACAUUAUCAAAAUGAAGACCAUGCAAAAUAUCCUUUAAUGGUAAUGGGAGAGAAGAAACAAUAACACAGCAUGUAGUUUUUUAAGUCAAGAGGUUUGGGGAUAAUAUAGGGUGAUGGUAUGUUUCUUUGUGGUUCAGACUGGUUUUUUAGCUUUCCCCAUUAUAUAAGUGUCCAAUUCAGGCCAAUUUUAUGAUAUAAAAGGACUGAGUACCAGAACUAACCUCCGGGUGUUAGCAAAAAUAAAAGUAGAUAAUUGUGCAGUUAUAUAAUGUUUUCUCUCAAAUAAAAUUUUUUGUCUUGGAAUUUUUUUUUCUAAAUUCCUUUUCGGUUAAGAAUGGUUAAUACACUAUUCAAAUGAAAAUGUCAUUAAAAGUGGAACAACUGCAAAUAUUUUAGCCUCUGAUGUCAUAUAUUGUAGAGGAAAAUAUUCAUAAGAACAUUUGUUAUAGUCUUAAGGCACUUGUAUUUUUUUUUCAAGAAGUGGCUAAUUAAAACAUCUGUUAUCUUUA